UUUUGGCGAUGGAAAGAUUUUUAUUCAAAUAAGAACACCAUUACAAACAAAAGACCCAAAACGGGCCCAAAUAAAACCAACAAACAACAAUAAACAAAACCAAAUAGCCCUACAAUCUUCAGCCACAGUGCAGACCGAACAGGAGAGAGAUGACGUAGUGACGUCGCCGCCACCAGCCAAGCCCAAAGGUGACACAGAAACGUCACCAGAUCUGCCGACGAAGACAUGGAGUCCAACCAAAACAAUCACGUGCAAGUACAGCAGCAUAGAACCCAUCGAAAGAUCUCCAUAACCCAAAUCUCUAAACCAUACAAAACAUCCUCAGAAACAAAGUCAGUAACCAAAGCAGAAGAAAAAAAGAAGAAGAGAUAAAGAGAAGGAGACUGAUCCGCAGAGGGAUCAAAGAGACAGACGGCCGAAGACCGUGCAGACCCUUGUUGCACUACCGUAUUCAACGGGUUUACGCGCAGGGACGGGAUAAACCCGUUAAAACAGACAAUCCAAACAACGCCGACGACAGAGCUCCGAUGGACCAAGGAGCAAUCGGUGAAGUGGAGUCCGAUGGGUGAGGAGGAUGUGCAUCUUAACCAUGAUGAAUCAGAGAUUUGAGACAAAGAGAGAUGGGUAUGCUGAAAAUUAAAGAUUAGGAAUGGUUGGAAAAGGGGAUCUGGGAAGGAAAGGAAAGCAAAGACAAAAGGGAAAGCAUACUUGCCACCGCCGGGGCAGCAGGGAGCUACCACGAGAAGGGUAGGGAUAAGCCUCGCGAAGAGGGAAAAUAUCUCCCCCGACUUUCAAGCCAAAGAUCCAGAUCGGAGUGAUCUAGAUCUGGCAAGAAAGGGGGGGAGGAGGGGGAAAGCUCGAAAAGGGGAUCUGGGUUUGCUAGAGAGAAGGAGGAGUUUCUCUCACUAGGACUUGCUUCACUUGAGUCUUGAGAGCUAGUUAUUAUGAAUAAAAGUUUGCCAUCAAGUAUAAGCAACCAAAGUGCCAAAUGGCCUUUCAACUACGGUAAAGGCCAAUCAUGCCAUUGAAAAGAGGCGAAGUAUAUUCUACUUUUUUCUUAAGCAAGUAACCAAUUAACAAAAAUAGACCAUUCAAUCCACUUCAGUAUUCACGACACAACACAACACUAGCGGAUAUUUGUAGAUACAACAUUGUCUCACAUCACUGCUCAAAAUUUGAGCUUCAUCUGGACCGACCCUUUUGCAUGGCUGCCCACCUGAGUCCUUGUUCGUCUUCUUCAGCCUCAUUCACACCCUCUUCAUUCAAGAACAAGACUACCCACUUCCCCAAGUUCAUCACUUUGAUAAGAGAAGGUCAUUCCUCCAGAUGGGUCUCUCAGAUUCGCCCCAGAAAUCGGUUUCAGCUCAAAUCCUCAAAUGGGCAUCCACUCAAUGCCCUGUCUUUUCAUGGCGAUGGAAAUUCUGUGGGCCAAGAACAAUUUGAGCCUCGUGGCAAAGAGGGUACCUUUCCUGUCUUAGAUUCAAAAAAUGUGGGAUCUAAGUUGAGCAUAACUGUUGUUGGUGCUUCUGGAGACCUUGCCAAGAAGAAGAUAUUCCCAGCACUUUUUGCUCUUUAUUAUGAAGAUUGUCUACCCGAGGAUUUUAUAGUCUUUGGUUUUGCUCGAACUAAAAUGACUGAUGAAGAGCUAAGGAACAUGAUCAGCAGAACCUUGACUUGCAGAAUAGAUAAGAGGGCAAAUUGUGAGGACAAAAUGGACCAGUUCUUGAAAAGAUGCUUCUACCAUUCUGGUCUGUAUAAUUCUGAGGAGAAUUUUGCAGAAUUGGACAUCAAGCUGAAAGAGAAGGAGGCUGGAAGAAAGUCAAAUAGGCUGUUUUACUUAUCAAUACCUCCAAACAUAUUUGUGGAUGUGGUGAGAUGUGCUAGUCUUAGAGCUUCUUCAGAAAAUGGGUGGACCAGGGUCAUUGUUGAGAAGCCAUUUGGUCGUAACUCUGAAUCAUCUGCGGAGCUAACCAGAUGUUUAAAGCAGUACCUUGCUGAAGACCAGAUAUUUAGGAUUGACCAUUACUUGGGGAAGGAGCUUGUCGAGAAUCUAUCAGUGCUUCGCUUCUCAAAUCUUGUUUUUGAGCCUGUCUGGUCACGUAACUACAUUCGCAAUGUGCAACUGAUCUUUUCUGAAGAUUUUGGCACAGAGGGAAGAGGGGGAUAUUUUGAUAAGUACGGAAUCAUACGGGACAUAAUGCAAAAUCAUCUUCUGCAAAUACUAGCACUGUUUGCGAUGGAAACACCGGUCAGCUUAGAUGCUGAGGACAUCAGGAAUGAAAAGGUAAAGGUUCUAAGAUCAAUGAGGCCACUGCAGCUUGAAGAUGUAGUUGUUGGCCAGUAUAAGGGCCACAGCAAGGGCGGUAAAUCUUUUCCUGCUUAUAUAGAUGACCCAACUGUGCCAAACGACAGUCUCACCCCUACAUUUGCAGCAGCAGCUCUCUUUAUUGAUAACGCCAGAUGGGAUGGAGUUCCUUUCCUGAUGAAAGCAGGAAAGGCCCUCCAUACCAAGCGAGCAGAGAUCAGAGUUCAAUUUAGACAUGUCCCAGGUAACUUGUACAAGCGGAAUUUUGGAACUGAUUUAGAUAAGGCGACAAAUGAGCUUGUGCUCCGUGUACAACCCGAUGAAGCCAUAUAUUUGAAGAUCAACAACAAAGUCCCUGGUCUUGGAAUGAGACUAGAUCGAAGCAACCUAAAUUUGCUUUAUUCCGCUAGGUAUCCAAGAGAAAUACCAGAUGCAUACGAGAGGCUACUGUUAGAUGCAAUUGAAGGGGAACGAAGGUUGUUCAUAAGAAGUGAUGAGCUCGAUGCUGCUUGGUCAUUAUUCACACCAUUGUUGAAUGAGCUUGAACAGAAGAAGAUUGUUCCUGAGCUGUACCCGUACGGUAGCAGAGGGCCAGUAGGACCUCAUUAUCUUGCUGCAAAACACAAUGUUAGAUGGGGAGAUCUCGGAGACGAGGAUUCAUGAAGUGAGAAAUACUUAAUUCUCAGGUCUUGCAUGCUCAUGGCCGGUUCCUGUUCCAUUUUCGCCAUUGAUUGUUUUCAUUCCAUAUAUUGAAAUACUGAGUAUGCUUCUGUUCUCAUAAUUUCUGGUGGGUACAUUGUCAUUAGUGAUUGUUAUCAUUGAAGAGCCAGAAAAUUGUUUGCAAAGCAAUAACUUUGUAGUUGAUUAUUGAAAGAGAAUAGCAUGAUGACCAUACUUACACUA